AUUUGUAUUGAUAUAAAUUAUAUUUAGAAAAAAAAAACAUUUAAAUAGUAAAAACAAGGAAAAUUUUUUUCCAUUUGAAUUAUUAAUGAAUAUUAAAUUUAUAUAAAAAUUAAAUUCGAUUUAUCACUUCUUAACUCAACGAGUAAUUGCUUACAAUAAAUCGAUUAUUCAAAAUCCAUCGAUAAAUAAUAGGAUGCGCGCGCAACUUCACUUGAAUUGUUAGUCUAUUCCUUAACGGUCAAUGGCGAUCAUGUCCAUAAUUAAAAAAAAGUUUUCAAAAGUGCAUUUUAAAAUGUUAUGCGUCGCGAGUUGAUAUAAUUUAAUAUUUUAUUGUGUUGUUGUUAUGUGAAGUGAUUAAGUGAGUGAGAACAUUCAAGUGAGAAGUGUUUUUUUUUUCGAAUAUGGAUUUAUGGACGUCGAUCUUCAAAUGUAAUUAGCGGGAAAAUAUAUUGGAAGGAGUGAAGUGCGGGUGGGGGAUGCGGGAGAAUGGCAUCAAAGAGCCGGAGGAUAUAGAUUUCCCACGUUGACUGGUGGUGUGCUGGAUGGUAUAAUGGUAAUGAGCUGUGCAAUGAUGGGUCUGCAGGCCACGGCAGGAAAACGUAAACUGGAGGGAGGUGUGGGCUGCAUGGAGUUCGACAUGGACAUGGGCGAAAGCCCGUCGAAGCUUGGCAGAGUGGAGGGCAGUUGGUGGGCAAUGGAGGAUAGUUACACACCGCCACUUAAUCAAUCGGCAUCAUCUUACUACGAUAUGGAAGUCAGUUCGCCUUGUCUACAGGCGAAUCCUUGUCAACCGGCGGGCAACUUACCGCCAGCUGGAUCCCAGUUACAUCAUCCACCUCAGCACUAUUAUCAUCAGCGCAAUAAUGUCGGCAGCAAUGGUGGUUACAACCAGUUAUCAAGACCUCAACCUCAGUGGGGAGCGCCUCAUCACUACGAGCCACCGACGAUACGAAGAGAAGAGAAUGGAAAGAGUUACCUGGAGCUUGGCUCGAGUUACCGUGCCAAUGAAAGAUGUUGCGAGGGCUCGAGGUCCAGUUGGUGUCGACGUGGUAGAGCGUGUUAUCGUCAACGUAGGCUAGCCGUCCUUAAUAUCUCAAUGUGUAAAUUGGCGAGGUAUCGUCAGUUUCCAGAUCCUAGUUUGCAUCGUUCUGUUUUAAUUUGCAAUACCUUAAGGCAUCUAGAGCGGGAAAUGGAGAGAGACAGGAGUCCACCGCCAAUGGAACCAGUUAUUCCCGCACCCAUGGCCCAACUUCAGCCAUCUGAACAGGGUAGACUGACGCCUUUUCCUAUGCCACCCACCGCGUCCAACGAAACGGACGUUGACUCUGGUAUUGGUGACAGUGACGACAGUCGUUCGAUUAAUUGGGGCAGCGUCUUAUCACUGUCGAGUCAAUCACCUCUGGAUCCUCUCAAUAACAAUGAACUGCUAGACGUUGAUAUUGGACCUGAAAUAGAUCUAGACUUUAUGCCUGGAUGGAAAUUAACUCCCCUGUCGGCAGACGACAUCCUGAGAAGUACAAAUGUCGCCGUAGCCGCGGCUGCAGCCCAAGAUCAUCAUCUCAAUACGACGAGUAAUAGUACUAUUAAUAAUAAUAAUAAUAUAACAACAAGCAGUACAACUAACAACAGUUGUAAUAGCAGUAGUACGCACGAGUCGUUGAUGUGUGUCGGCUCAUAGCCCCCAAUACUCGCGUCGUUGAGCCAUCUCAUCGACUUUUACCCUCUCACACCACAGGGCAAAUAAGUGCCCCUGAGUGACCUUGAAAACGAUGAUACGACGUAGCGACGUAUUCCAACGGGAUGACCCCGGUGUUGUUACGUAGACGCUCGCCGGUGCAUUUUAUAAUGCAGUCGUCGUUUGUUUAUUGAAAGAUAAAACAAUUAAACUAAAUAAUAUGGCUCGUGUCAAUUACACUCCACUCGAUUCUCACUUCCUCGUUGAUUGUUGCGGAUCGACGUCUGCGUCAGCAACUUAAAUUUAUAAACAACAACAAUAAUAAUAAAAAUGGAAAAGGAACAACAUCCCUUAUCAUCUCAGUCGCAGCAAAUAGAACCAGCAGCAUCAACUUUUAAACGGAUCAGCGACUUAAUAACCACAGCUGGACGCUCAAUAUCAACUGUGGAUAGAAAAAUCAUCAACGACGAUACGAAAUCCGCGCCAUCUGCAUCAUUAUUAUAAUUGCAUUUUUAAAUUUUCAACGGACAAGGUACCCGGGCCGGCGAUAAUUAUUCAACUUAAUAAUAGUUAUUGGUGAUAAUAAUUAUUGAGGAUGAUGUUAAAGAUUUUGUUAUAGUUUAUAACAAUAUUUAGUGUCUUUGACAAAUCCUUUUCCACUUAUUUCUACCAGAUAUAGUAAUGGAAAUGAUUUUUAAAAAAGUUUAAGCUUAUCGCCUGCCUAGCCAACCAACGUUGAGAUUUUAUAAAUCUUUAUACAAGAACGUCCCUUUUAAAUUCCGUUAAAAUGCGUGCCUCGGAGUGACGUUCUCCAGCGGCACUAGUGUCGUUGCUUAGGCCCACGGAUCGUGCCCAAUAUUCUCACGCACUUAUUGUACAAAUAUAUAUACAUAUAUAUGAUAAAAAAUAAAUAAUAUGUAAAUAUAUUUGGUGCUAAGGCACCGGAUCCUGGUGCUUUUGCAUUCUCGUUCGUUUCAUCUCAUUAUUAUAUGUUAUAUUUGUCAUUAUAAUUGCACAUAAAAAUAAUAAAGCAGAUUGGGAAUUAAAUAAUUCAAAUAAUUUCGUCAUUGUCGAUGAUAUUGCCGUCACCAAUCGCGUUUAUACUGUCAAAAGUACCUGGAUUAUUAAUUUAAUAAUUAGGUAGAAUUUUUAAGGCUUAUCACUACUAGGAAGUCAUGCUCGCCAGUGCGCCAAUGAUCUCUCAUAGUAGCUAAUUAACAUUAUUUACAUGUCAUUUAAAUAAUAAUACUAAUAAUAUACGAGCGGCUUCCUUGUAUGAGUGUGUGUAUGGCCUCUAAGAAUUUUUAAAAACGAAAGCGUAGACACUGUCGACAUAAAUAAAUAAAUGUGUCCAUAUUUCGAUUGCAACGAUUGAUUAAAUCUUAUUAUCAUGUGUCCACAUACAUACCCCACUAUCAGUGCAGCUAUUACUUAAAAUAAACAAACUGUUUGACUAAUAAAAUUAUGUAAAACCAGAUUUAAAUAUUGAAUUAAUGUUUACUUCACAGGUUACUUACUUGAAAAUAAUUGUUUGAUGAAGACAACCUCUAUAAUACUCAAUACAAUGUCUGUUGAUGAUCAAGUACUCCGUUAAUUAUUAUAGUAAUUAUUAAAAAAUGGCACAAAAUUAAUGGAUCAUUGAAAUACAUAUAGAUAAAUUGUUUUUUAUAUAAUUUAUUUUUUCAUAAAAUAAUGUAAUGAAAAUAUUUAUUUGUUAAUUAAUGAAUAAUUAUUAAAGCAAUAUUAAGUUAAUGAAGUUUUUGUAAAACUAAUAAUUGUCUAUAUAGUAUGAUCCAUAUAUAUUGAUAAAUGUAUGUGUAAUAUAUGAAUGGGUUGUUUUCUCUUCAUUUUAUAAUAUUUUGAGAUUAUUAUUUAAAUAAUGAAUAGGGCAAGCGCAAUCAGAUAUUAUUAUGAUUAUAAUUAUUAUUAUUAUUUAAAUUAUUAUUAUUAAUAUUAUAUUUUAAUUAUUAAAAGAAAUGUUAUUUCGUCCAGGACGAGUGCUUGGUUCAUGUAAAUCAAGAGUCAAUACAAUUUUAUUUUUCAAAAUUAAUCAAGCGGCAAUAGAACGAAUAAAAUUAAGAUUUAAAAUUAAAAUUAAAUUAAUAAUUACAGCAGACAAAACGUAUUGAGCGACGGAAAUUUCGCCGAUAAUGAUGAUGACAGUGAUUCAUUUUGACAAAUAUAUAAUUAAUGAUUCGACAAAAAAUUUAUAAAUUAAAAUAUUUGUAUUUGAAUGAUAGGUUUAAAACAAUUUGAUUAAUUGGUUAAUUAAUGAGUGUGUAAACGCGAUUGGACGAGGAUGCGAUGUAAGAGUGGGCUAUGCACGUCAUAGUGUAUGUUGUUGUAUCUUCACAAGAAUGAAAUAUACAAAUAUAAAUAUAUAUAAAUAUAGAUUUAUAUAUAUUUAUAUAUAGAAAGAUAUUUGGUGACUAUACAAAUUGUAAAUAGUAUACAUAUUACACAAGAGUUAGAUUUAAGAAGCGAGAAUAAAUUGGUAUAAAAUAAAUAAAAUAUACAUAAGAUAUUAUAUAUAUUAUAUAUACUAUAUAUGAGAACAAGAAGUAUAUAUAUAAAAUUAUUAUAUAUAUUUACCUUUUUAAGUGAUACAAAGCGUUUAUUAAGACUUGCUUUAUUGACGAAAAAAUAAUUAAAUAAAUAUUUAAGCACAUAAAUAUAUAGUGUAUUUUAUGCCAAAUCGGACAGUUUGAAAAAAUUUAAUUUUCGAUUCCCGUCAUUUUUUGAAAUUUUGUAGUACUCAUCAAAAAACUUUUUCUGAUGAAUUUUGAGAUUUUUUCGAUGAUCCCUACGAAAAUCACUCUUUGUUUUUUGCUCAUAACUUUGUUAGUAAUCGAAAUCAAUUCAUUUUUUUCUCGAAAUUUUUUUUUUAUCUUUAAUGUACUUUUCAGAAAAAAAUACGAACAAGUUUGUCAAAAUACUUUUCUAUGUGAUUUUCAAGUUUUAAACUUUAAAUUAUUUUUUUUUCAAAGUUGAUGUUAUUACAAAUUUUCAAAAAAAUCAAAAUAUGCAUGAACUUUAAAGAAAAAGAAUUGAAGCUUAAAACUUUAAAAUUAUACAGAAAAAUAUUUUUAAAAAUUCGUUUGUAAUUUUUUCUGAAAGGCACAUGAAAAAAUAAAAAUUUCGAAAAAAAAAAAGUUUCGAUUUAAAUCAUUAUCAAAGAAGUUAUAAACAAAAAAAAAGUGAUUUUCGAACGGGUCAUAAAAAAAAUCUUAAAAUUUACCAGGAAUUUUUUGAUAAGUACUACAAGAUAUAAAAAAAUUAAAGAAAUCAAAAAUUGAAAUUUUUUAAACCAUCAGAUUUGGCGUGGAAAGCUUCGUGUAUAUAUUCAUUUUUUGGAUUAUGAAAUUUCAGUUAAAUUUUUAAAUUAUACUCAUUUUAAUCAAUUUGAACUGCGAUAGUUAAUGUGAUGUUAACUGAUCUUAUCCUAAAUAAUCAUCUUCCAUAAUUUAUAAUUUUUUAUUAUUCCUUUUGUGUUCGCUCUCUUCGUAUAAAUUUUUUAAAGUGCGAAAAUUUCACGCUGGUCGUGAAUUUUCGGUACGAUUAAAUUUUGUCAACAUUUUACAACAUAAUACAAUUGAUAU